UUCUUUUUUAUUUUUUAACAAAAAAUGAAAUCAUAAUAAUUAUCUUAUGAACAUGAAUGUGACAUGAAUGUGGAGUUUGAUUAAUAUACACGGUUUAAUUACAUUAUUAACUAUCAUGAAAUUACUUUUAAUUCGAGAAACGACGAGUUAUAAGGGAUACAAGUUAAAUCUUAUUUGCCACCAUUUGUGAUGGUGUUUUUCAGAUUGACAGAUGCAACGUAUAAGAGAGAAGACGAGAUGGCCGAAGUGGCAACGAGAACUAUUACGUUAUUAUAUUUCAACGUAUCAAAGAAUUAUUAUUCUCGUGAUACUUCAAUUAAAUUAUUCUCGAUCAUUAUCGUGACUUUUUGCACUAUUUAAAUAUAUAUAUAUAUAUAUAUAUAUUUUAUAAAACGAUUAUGAUAUUUCUCAUAAGGAUGUAGACCAGUUCGAGUUAAAGGCCUAUCGUGGCCGAGUUUCCUUACACGAAUUUUUCCUAUACACACACACACAUACACACAUAUAUAUAUAUAAUUUACAAUGAUGUAAGUACGUGUAUAUUGCAUACACGUUUUACGAAAGACGUGUUAAAAAAUUAUUGAAAAAAGGUGAGAAAAGUGAAAAAUAUCUCGGAUAAUUUGUUGUCAAAAGCCGCUCCCACGAACAAAAAUUUCACCAGGAGAGAAUAUAGGCGCGAUCCUUCCCUUACUCGAUCGUCCUACUUUUUUUCAUUCCACCACCCCAGCCCUUUUCCUCCUUCACCACCCCUCUUUCUCUCAUAUUCUCACUCUCUCCCUCUUCUCAAACCGUUCGUGCAUCUCUUCUGUGAAUCCGAGUUCAUCAUAUUUCAGUGUCCCAGUGCAACCAGUCAGAUGAUCGAAGAAAUAUAAUAAUAAUAAUAAUAAUAAUAAUAAUAAUAAUAGUGUUCGCGGUGUGUAUUCGGGUUCGUUAUAUUUAAUAAUAAGGAAGCCAGAAAGAAGAGAGUGUCACAAAGUUUUUUAAUUAUCCUGAUAGAAGGACAAAUAAACGAGAAGAACAAAAAAAGGAAGGAGGGUGGAGUGGAGGGGUGGGUUAGGCGGGUUAAAGAAAGAUUGUUUAUAUAAUUAUAUUCUAUCGAAUCAGCGAUAAGAAAAUGUGUGUGAAAAUAAUCAUAGUAACUACACGUGAGUACGUGAUUCGUUUAAGUGACGUGAUUCUAUACCAAUGCCGAUGACACGCUCGUUUUUGAGAGCGUAAGUGAAUAAGUGUGUUAGUGAUUUUAACGUGCAUGUAUGGAACCGGCGUUUAUUACGUAGGAUGUUGUUCCUGGAAGUUGUCCAAUAGUACACGAGGAGAAAGAUAGCAACAGCGAAAAUGGUGGAUUUAGAAGGGUACAUCAUUAUGCUGGCGAAUAAGAACGGGGAGAUGAAGUUGUACGGUUCUCGUGCAGAGAACGCGGAUGGUUUGGAAUUCGACGACGAAAUUCUCCAAGUUAACGGCCGUACUCUACAAAAUGCAACCUAUGCGGAAGUCAUUCAGUACAUACAUCAGUGCAUCAAAUCUCGCACGAUAUCUUUACGGUUACGUAGGCGAAAGGAAAGCCGUAUCGAAGAGCUGGAUGGACCAAAUGCUGUACGGAUACGAGAUGGUUGGGUUAUUGCUGUCGAAAGAGGCGUAAGAGAAAGGUUGAAAGAGCUUGCUGCACUGAGAAGCAUCCAGUUACGGGAUAUCGAAGCCAUACUAGAUCAUCAGAUAAACGAGACCGGUGCAUCCACGAGCGAGGAAAGAACGAGAAAAGAUGUAACGAAUAAUCAGGUCACCGUGACCCUUGCGGAUGAGGAUGUACGUAAUACAAACGCUUUCUUGUCGAAACUCAGUAACGGUACGAUACCUAAAGGAGUGAGCAAGGAAAAUCAGGACACGAGAGAAGGGAAAAUUCAACAGGAACGAAAGGACGUCUCGGAGAAACAACAAAAUUCAUCGGAUGAAACUAAUCUAUUGCAACCGGUGCAGAGCAGCAACAAAGUAGUGGAACGCCGUGCUAGCAGUCCCUUCCAAAAUGGCCGGACAGAGGUCCUGAUUGGAGAACCUGAGGGCGGCCCGAGGUCGCCACGAGGAUCGACAUCUUCAGCGAUUAACGACGGCAAUUUUCUCAAUACACCGGACGAACGCGAAGCAAUUUUCAGGUCUCGUCGGCGCAGCGGUAGUGGUGCAUCAGAUAUACCACAACAACAACAACAACAACAGCAACAACAACAGCAACAGGAAACGCAAGAGAACAACAACGGGAGUUCACGAGGAAAGAAAUUGCAGGAGGGGUUGGGUCCCGAUGAGAUGUGGGCUCGUGGUACCCUAGGCCAUCACCGGGAGCUACCAGUCGAUGUGCCCGACACCUUAUUACAGAAGGCUUAUCCCAAUAAGGUAAAGAAUUGCUCAACCGAUUGUCGGAAUGAGCUUCGUCGUCCCUGUAGCGCUAGCGAGUUAGACCUCUCCCUAAACGUUAAGAAUGAUAUUAUAAAAAAACGCACGACGGAGUCAAGAUUUGGGCUAAUACCACCACCACCACUACUAUCAACAUCAUCAUCACCAUCAACAACAACGACAACAACGACAACGACAACGACAUCAACGACAGGAACAACAACAACAACCGAUCAGCGUGCUGAUGUCACCGAUGGCUGUCCACGUUCAAUUUUAUUCAACAACGGUGAUAAAAGUAAAUUACCGAUGCACGAGAUCGAAUUAAAGAUCGGUUUGUUGAAGGAUAACGUUAAAGGGGAGGAAAACGAAUUGAAAGAAUUAACAACGGAAUAUUUGAAGAUGGAUAAUAAGAAGUCAAAUGGUAGUAUAUUGAAGGUUAUCGAAUUGAAGAAGGAUCCAAAGAGUCCCUUCAGGGGCAAUCAUGUUGAUAACGAAGGCGAGGAGGAGGAGGAGGAAGAGGAGGAAGAAAAGGAGGUAUUGAAUGAGGAAGCAAAUGGUCAGAAAGAAUCCAGCGUUGAUAUAGAGGACGAGUAUCCUUUUGCCAAAGAAGAUUAUCCUACUAUGUUGAAAACUUGUAGCGAUGAUUCGGCAAGUCCUCGUAGUUCGUCGAGCCGAUCGGAUAGUACAGCACCUUUAGAUACCAGUUUGGUACUAAGGCAUAGUACAGAUGAUGAUAAUAAUAAAAAAAAUAAAAAGGUUAAUGCUCGUGACAAAGAUUCACCAAGUUACGAUGCUAGGCGAAUCGAUCUUGGUUCACCUUGUCGUCCGGUAGUAACCGAAUUACCGAUCAAAGUGACACCAUUAUUCGCACGUGCACGCGAUCCAACAUCAUUCGACAAUCCGGCAUACGGUUUGCCUGAUUUCCAAGACAUCCAAGGUCUAUUGAUAAGAUCCGACGAGGUGUCGGAUUUAACGAGAUUGAUAGACGAACAGUGUACGGUACCAAGAAUACCAACUAGUCUUCAGGAUAGAACGCAAUCCGACACGCAAGGUAGUGGUGUUAGUAAUACUAGUACUACUACUACUACUACUACUACUACUACUACUACUACUACUAGUACUACUACUACGAUCGAAUCCUCGAUGAUGAUGAUGACACCUAAAAAAAAUUCGAAACAUCAAUCAAAAGAUAAUAAUAAAUUAACAUAUAAAUCGAAAAAUCAGGAUCAUCUGAUAAUAGAGGAACGUGUUAAUUCGACCGAUGAUCUAUUAGGAAUCGAUUCGAGAAACAAUUGUCUCGAAUCGUCUUCUUCCUCCUCGUCUCAUCAAAGAUCGAAGAAAAAACGUCACCAACAGAUAUCAAGUGGUUAUUCGACUUUAAGAAGUGAGAUAUCAAGCGAUCUCGAUUUUAACGAUCGCAGUUAUUUAGUUGUCAGUGGUAAAACUUAUCGCGAGGUUGCCGUUGAUUGUCCACCCGAUUUCGUUCCGGUAACCAAGUGCCAUCCGAUUUAUCCACCGCCCAAUAAAACUCCCGGCAACAGUAAACACAAUACGUUAGAACUUAAACGUGAUCGUAAUAAUCACGGUGAUAAUAUUGUCGUAAGGGAACCAAUUAUUACAACAAAUACCACGACUAUAACUACUACGACUAUUAUUACGAUGACAACUACUAAUACUAAUACUACGACUACGACUACGACUACUACAAUGAAUACGACGAUGACAACGUUUAACCCAACUACCAUCACUACUACUACUACUACGGCUAACAACAACAUAUUCAACUUAGAUUCUCCUAGACUUCGUUCGAACGAUAUUAAUUACAUGAUGAUGAACAAACCGCCGAUCUUGUCAUCGUCUUCCUCACCUACAACGUUAGCAACUACUGAUGCUAGCGGUAAAGAAAACAUAGUCACGCGUACGAUAGACAGAAAGCACGAAAUUAAAAAGGCCGGUCUUAAUGGGGUCAAACCUGCCAUCCCGCCCAGAGAUCAAAAAAGGGCACCCGCUAGACCACCGAAGGAUAGUCUCAGACUUUCGAGCCAGAACAACAACGUUGAGAGCAACGAUUAUGCUAAUACCACUGAACCUACGCAACAGCAGCUUCAUUCUAUUAGAAAAUAUCAGGAACAAUUGAGAAAACGAAAGGACGAAGAGGAGAGGCAAGAAAUUUUGAAUCGAUCGUUACGUGGUUCAACGAAACUUAAAGCUUUAGAAAGUCAUGCCACGAAUCUUACCGGUCAAGAAAAUCUUGCUUAUGCUCAAGACGAAUUAGCAACCGCUGUUAGUCGUCCUGCUCCUGUCACACCUUCAGCACCCUUAACAUACGGUGAGGUCGUUGCCACGUUGGAAAAAUUGCAACUUCAAUUACGAAAUAUUUCCGGAGCUUUAGGUAUUUCGGGUCCAAGCGUGGAAGCCGAACUCGAAGCAGUUCGGACGCUUUUGUUGAAAAGCAGAUUUGUAACUGCCGUAGCCACGCAUUAUGCAUUGAAAACGAGAUUAAGGUCGAACAAGGUUCUCAGACAUCAUGCCGAAGAUUCGUCGACGUUAGCUCGUGACUGCGUAGAUGUAUUAGAAAAAUGGCAAUCAUCAUCAACAGCAACGGAUGUCGGCACGGCAGAAACCAUGGCUGCCGUGGAAGAGUUGACGGGUAUAUUAACGAGUUACGACAUGGAGGCAUUACUUAUAGCACACGAUUCAAUAAUAUCAUACGUGGAAGGUUUCCAAAGAAAACACAGUCCUUCGUCCUCGUCACCAAGUGGUCCACCAAGUCCUACGUCCAGUUGGAGAGAAUCACGUGUAGAUAACAUCAAAAUUAUUAGGAUCGAAAAAACUAACGAACCAUUGGGUGCUACUGUUAGAAACGAUGGUGAUGCGGUUAUCAUAGGUCGAGUUGUUCGUGGUGGUGCAGCAGACAAAUCCGGACUUUUGCACGAGGGGGACGAAGUUUUGGAAGUUAAUGGUGUUGAAAUGCGUGGCAAAAGUGUUAACGAAGUUUGCGACAUUUUAGGUGGGAUGCAGGGUAGUCUUACGUUUUUGGUAUUACCGGCACCAACGAAUUAUCGUAAUAAUUUGAAUAAUAGAAAGGAAGAUACUAAUCAGAUACAACAUAUACGCGCACAUUUUGAUUACGAUCCCGAGGAAGAUCCGUAUAUACCGUGCAGAGAACUCGGAGUUAGUUUUCAAAAAGGUGACGUAUUGCAUGUGAUUUCUCAGGAGGAUCCAAAUUGGUGGCAGGCAUACAGAGAAGGUGAAGAGGAUCAAACGUUAGCCGGUCUUAUACCCAGUAAAGCUUUCCAACACCAACGAGAAUCAAUGAAGCAGACGAUAGCUGGUGGAAAGUCAACGGUCAGAGGUUCGAAGAAAUCCAGUACCCUAUUGUGCGCGAGAAAAAAUCCAAAGAAAAAAAAACGAAACAAAUUAGGUGCCAAUUUCAAUGACGAUGGUUAUCCACUUUAUGCGACUACUACGAUAGACGAUUACGAUAGCGAAGAGGUAUUAACUUACGAAGAAGUUGCAUUAUAUUAUCCAAGAGCUAAUCAUAAGAGGCCUAUCGUUCUUAUUGGUCCUCCUAACAUCGGUAGACACGAAUUGAGACAAAGAUUGAUGCAAGACAGCGAACGUUUUGCGGCAGCUAUUCCUCGUGAGUUAUUUUUUCAUUAUAAUUUAAUCAAAUAAA